AAGAGUCUCUUAGUUGAUGCUCAAGGAAAGAAGAGACGGUCACUCAGCUGCGAAGAGCCUACCCGGGUGGAAGAGUGUGAAGCCAUAAGGGCAACAAUGACUUUCCUUACCAACUGGAUGCCUUUGGACCCAUUUACAGACGAGGAAACAUUUAACACUGUAGUCAGUAUCAAAAAGGAGCUUAGCAAAGAUGUUACUGAAGAGAUGUGUUUGGACAUUAAAGAAGAACCAUUUGAUUAUGGAGAUGAAGUGAGGGAUGGCGAGAGCAAAGUGAUAGUGAAACAUGAAUGUCUUUUCUCUCAUAAUGACCUAACACAUGAAUCAAAGACAAAAGACUCAUGGAACUUGGUUCAUGAUCAUAAUGACGUGUUAAGAGUGUCACUUGUUGAUGAGAAUUAUGGGAACAAGUGUUCAUCGGAUGGGGAUCAGGCAAUACACAAGAAAAUUCUUGAGGAAGAUACACAAGAAAUAGUGGAAGCCAUAUUGAAUAAUUUUGUAUGUGAGGUGUGUGGAAAGAAAUUCUCUCGAAAGAGUCAUAUCAACAUUCAUAUGAGAGUCCACACAAAAGAGAAGCCAUACAGCUGUGAGAUUUGCAAGAAUACCUUCUCACAUAAAACUAGUCUUGUGAGCCAUAUGAGAAUACAUACAAAGGAGAAGCCAUAUAUAUGUGAGAUUUGCAGUAAAGCCUUCCCUUCCAAAAGUGAUCUAGUAAAGCAUAUCAGAGUACACACAAAAGAGAAACCUUACAGCUGUAACAUUUGCAAAAAAGCCUUUUCACAGAAAGUUAGUCUUGUUAGUCAUAUGAGAGUACAUACAAAGGAGAAGCCAUACAGAUGUGAGAUUUGCAAUAAAGCCUUCUCUGAGAAAAGUCAUCUAGUGCCACACAUGAGAGUACAUACAAAGGAGAAGCCAUACAGAUGUGAAAUAUGCAGCAAGGCCUUCUUACAUAGAACUAGUCUAGCAAGGCACAUGAGAGUACAUACAAAGGAGAAGCCAUAUAGCUGUGAGAUUUGCAAUAAAGCUUUCUCUGAGAAACAGAAUCUGGUGAGACAUAUAAGAGUACAUACAAAAUAGAAGCCAUAUAUGCAAUGAAACCUCACAGAAUCAUUACCUAGUACCAGACAUGAAAGCACAUAUAAGAGAAGCCAAACAUCAGUUAUAUUGCAAUGACUCUUAGUCUUUAUAUAUGUGUACACAAAGACCACAGGCUAUAUAUUUAUGUCUAUUAAUAUAUUUUCACUCAGAGAAGAAAACUUAUGGGGAACAAGAGACAGCAUCAAGCAUCAUAUUUCAUUUACAUGGAAGGCACUCCCUCUGGGCAUUAUUGGGGAGGAAUUCUUUUUCGGAUUCAUGUUGUGCAUAAUAUUCUUAAUGUGAAGUUCUUUUCAAUGUUUCUGCCUCAUGACCUGCAUUUAAGACUCCAAGGGUUUAUUGUUCAGGCAAACUUAUCUGCUGUCACUCAUCAGGUAUGGCCAAAAGAUAGCUACUACUAGUCAU